ACGUCGCCCAGCGGGGGGCCGGCGUGGUCGCCAUGGCGUGUCGGGUCGGGAGGCCGGAGCACCGGGCGCCUCCUGAAGUGUUUUACAGUGUGGAUGAAGCGAGGAAAUAUACACAGAACACUCGUAUGAUUGAAAUCCAGGCGCAGAUGUCAGAGAGAGCGGUUGAACUACUGAAUUUACCAGAGGAUCAACCUUGCUUCCUCUUGGACGUUGGGUGUGGAUCAGGACUCAGUGGGGAUUACCUCUCUGAAGAAGGACAUCACUGGGUUGGUGUGGAUAUCAGUCCAGCCAUGCUUGAUGUUGCAUUGGAGAGAGAGGUAGAAGGUGAUCUUAUUCUAGGAGACAUGGGUGCAGGUAUGCCAUUCCGGCCUGGCACCUUUGAUGGCUGCAUCAGUAUUUCCGCUCUUCAGUGGUUGUGCAAUGCAGAUAAGAAGAGUCAUAACCCUCCGAAACGGCUCUACAGAUUCUUUAGCUCUCUCUAUGCCUGUCUGGUGCGAGGAGCUAGAGCUGUGUUUCAGUUGUAUCCUGAGAACUCCGAGCAGCUGGAGUUGAUCACAGCCCAGGCAAUGAAGGCUGGUUUCACAGGCGGUGUGGUCGUGGAUUACCCCAAUAGCAACAAAGCAAAAAAAUUCUUCUUGUGUCUGUUCGCAGGAGUGUCCGGAAAGCUGCCAGUGGGCCUCGGAGUGCAGCAGGAAGAGGAGACAAAGAGCCAAGUGCAGUUCACAAAUGCCAGGUUGAGAUUUAAGAACAUGAAGGGGAAAUCGGUGAAGGGAAGCAGGGACUGGAUUCUGGAGAAGAAGGAACGUCGAAGGCGUCAAGGAAGGAUGGUUCGAAGUGACACCAAAUACACUGGAAGGAAGAGGAAGGCUCGAUUUUAGGAAGGUAGUGGCUGAGAGUUUAAUUUGGUUACAGCUUCUUGUAACGUGCAGAGCCCUACAUGAUAUUAACUCUGCAUGGACCUCCAGUGGUUAAUAACCAUGCCAACCCAAUUACCAGGGAGUGAGUUUUUCAUUCUUGAGGAUUUUUAAAAGUGACUCACUAGUUUUGCUAAUAAUGAACAGUUUGAAUGAAGCCUGCUCCCUCUUCCUAUGCUGCCACCUCAAAUGCCUUUUGAUGGAGUGGUUCUCAGAAUUGUCGAGUAUCCCAAGCUGUCCAGUUCUUUAUUGAACAUCUAAAGGUCGAACACAACGAAGCCUGCAUCAUGUCAUGCAAUUGAUGAAAGGAUCCUGACCUUGCACAAGGAAAAAGUGUCUCUUCUUCCAACUCUUAUUUUUAAAGACAGAUGUUAUUUACCAGUUACUGAUCUCUCUGCUACUUCAGUAACUUAUGGGAAAUAGGCCAACAUCAUUAUUUAAAAACACUUUAUAUUGAUUGCCUGCAGUUGUAAAUUGAACAUUUUAAUCUUGUGAUUUAUGAAGUCUCUGCUGGUUUAAAAUUUGGCUAUUUUUUUGUCCUGGCCCAAGAAAAACGCUGUAAUUCUUUUCCUUGGGUGCUUUGAUCAUUUUUUUCAAUCCUGAUCAUGUUCCUGUUGUUAAUGAGACAGGGCUUAAAGGGCAGGAAUAACAACUCGGCACUGCUGUUUGUAAUUCUCGGUUUAGUUAAUGAGCUGUGAGGAAGGUUAAAAUGUUACGAUUAUUGAAUGAGCCUUAAAUGGAUUGAAUUUGCUAGUUUAUCUCUGAACAGUUAGGAAAUAAAAUAGCUAAUGGGCAGGCACAUUCCUGAAAAAUAGGCAACAAUAAAAAGGGGGUUCUGUCUUUUCUAAUAUUAACUGAAAUUGUAUUGUGUAUAAGAUAUCAGACAGAAACCUCUUAAUGCAUUCAGGAAAACAUUUUAAGGAGUACAUAGCAUGCUCCAACAAGAGAGGGGAUGGUUCUGGAUUUAAUUUUAAGGAAUGAAUCUUGGUUCAGUCCUAAAAAGGGAGUGUGAAAGGGACGGGCAGUAGGGGAAGCAUUCUGGUGGUUGUGAUCAUAAGCUAAUUAUAUCCUUUUUCCGUAACCAUCAAAAAUUCUCAGUUUAUGAAGGGGCAAAUUUCCUAAGGUACAGUAUGUAGAGAGGAGUGCUGGAGAGGUGCCCUGGGUGUGACAUAUAAUAAAUGCAUCAGUGGAAGUCGAUGCAGACAUAAUUGUGUGAAAUAUUAUAUUAAAAUGACGAAGUGAGUUUGACAGCUUUGAAAGUAGCUUGAUUGUCAGUCAUGCAGAAAACUUAAUCCCAGGCUCUCUAUAGCCACUAGGAUAGAAAUAAGGGGUUUGAGCAUUAUUUUACAAUCCUCUUUGAUUGUGAGCAUGGCCCUGGACUAGUGUUAAAGUUGUAUUGUCUUAAAUGGGUGUAAAGGACAGAAUAAGUAAUGAUGGGUCAAUCCAGCCUUAGUACUGCAAAUAUUGGAAAGGCGUAAAGCAAUCAAGGAUAUUCAACAUGGAUUUGAGGGAUGGUCGUGUCAGGCUAACUUGAUUGAAUUUUUUGACAAGGUGAUGAGGAUUAUUGUAUUUGAUAACAAAAAUUGGCAUUGUGGUUGAUGGUGAGGAAGAAAAUUGACUGCAGGAAGACAUCAAUAGAACGGGGAAGAGGGCAGGAAAAUGACAAAUGGAAUUCAGUCUGGAGAAAAUGAAGGGAAAUCUUUUGGGAGAGGGCAUGGAAGAGCUACAUGCUGAGUGUAAUUUGUGCCUUUCCAAAUGAUGAUUAAAACUGUUCUUCAGGAAUUUUUCCAGUAUAUAAUGACUGACCUGUCAUUACUUGGUCUAACCUUUUCCCUUUUUAAGAUAAUAACCCACAAGAUCCUGCCAUUACAUGGAGCGGAUUGGAAAAUAAUGCUCAAACCCCUCUACUAAAAGCCUAGAAAACAUUUUAUGGAUGACUUAACAAUCCAGCUACUUUCUUAGCUUCUUAGUCUCCUUUGCUCUCUAAAUCACAUUGCCCUUUCCCCAAAAUGAGAACCUUUUGCCUUUUUUCUCCCCACAGGUCUAACUAGUUCACACAACUGCCAAAUUAUUCUCUCUCUGAUACCCCUUGGGAGAAGGCACAAAAGACAGGGGAACAUGUAUGAGGCCAGGCUAUUGAAGUGUAGAGAAAGAGGGAUAUAUCAGCGCAUGUCCACAGAUCUCUAAAGUAGCAAGGAAGAUGGUAAAGAUGAAAGGAUAGUUUACUGCUUGUUAAACUGCAGAACCACACUUCAGGUGAAAAUCUUCACUAAUCUCACUGUACCUGACUGUCCAUUUGUAAAUAUUGUACAUUGGGCUGUUUUCUUGCAUUAAAGGCAAGUUCUUGUGCCUGAUGGCACGUGCUGGAGUGAGGAAUUGUGAAACCAUCCAUCAUUAAUGAUCGAUUCAGAAUCAUCUAAAAUUAAAGUUUGAUUGCAACUCUUUAAUCAUUUACUCGGUUAUAUUAUUGACCAUUUUAUGAAAUGUUAUUGAAGACAAAAAUGCAUCAGAAUUAUUGAAAGCCAGAAACUGCAUUGGUGACAUUAGCUGACACAGAAUAGUUCCCACAACCUCUUCUGGGCUUUGGGAUUGAUUUAAUCAUUCAGCAGAAAACCUUAAACGGUGGGAAACCUCGAGUUCAAAUAUCAGAGUAAAACCCCACACCAUUGCAGUCAGAGAGACUGAGGUAAGUACAUGAACAAUUAGGAGGAAACACUCCGUGUUCUAAUGUGUUGUUUCCUUUCUUCAAAACAAAAAAAAACUUGACCAACAGUUGGAGACCUCUUCUCAUAAUGGAAGUUCUGCCAUCUAGCCAAGUCAAGGGUUUGUACCCUUUACCCACUAAUUGUGAGAAAGCCAUGUUUCAGACCCAAGAAAUUUCACUUAGAGAAUUGUGCGUUAGAGCUAUCCCUGCAGUACCUAUAAGUUGUUCCUCACAUCUCCCUCCUAUCCUUUGCUCUUCACUUGUAACCCCCGGCCCUGCAAGUAUCAGCUAAUAAGAAAUAGCUACUAUUCAUUUACCCUGUAUACCUCUAUCAAUAUCUAAAUUUACUUUUCUUCAAGAACUUUAAUUCUCCACUGUCCCUCGUCCCUGGAGCCAUUCUAGUAAUUCCCUUCUACAAUAUCUCCAGGAACUUCACUCCCUUCCUAAAACACGGUGAGCAGAAUUAGAUACAAUACUCCCAGUUGUGGCCUUACCAAUGUUUCACAAACACUUG